AUGUCCUCCGAAGCAACAGCCCAAGAUAUCAAUGUCGUGGCUGAAUAUCUCGGGGAUCAACAAGUCCAAGACCUAUCGUCAUGUCCCUCGGUGGACGGUAUCGUCAUCUGCGCGUCGGCAAUUCUGUAUCAAGCCGAACGUCUGUUCCAGGUACUACAAGAGCGACCGUCGUUGAGCAAAUGUUUGGUUCUAUGUGGUGGCGUGGGCCACUCCACCCACUUCAUGUAUGACGCUGUCGCACAACACCCUCGCUUCUCGCAGAUCGCACCAGAGAUCCACGGCCUCCCCGAAGCUCGUGUCUUGGAGAGGAUCCUGGACACGUUCUUUGACCGAUCCGCCAUCACAGCUGGAGGCUGUAUGAUCUUAGUCGAAGAUCAAUCCACAAACUGUGGCUUAAAUGCCUCGUUGAGUCGGAAAGUGCUCGAUACAGCUGGCUUCCGAGCGCUCCAGACGUAUAUGAUCAUUCAAGAUCCUACGAUGAUGCUGCGAACAAAAGCCUCCUUCCAAAAGGCAUACGAGGACAGGCCGUCGCCUCCGACUUUCAUGAGCUGUCCGAUAAUCGUCCCGCAUAUGCAGAGCUCAGAAGGUGGGGAGCUGAAAUAUCAAGACUUACCACUGGAAAACACAUGGUGGCCACUGGAUCGAUUUUUGGAGUUGAUAAUGGGGGAAAUCCCACGACUGAGAGAUGAUGAUAGCGGUUAUGGGCCACGAGGGAAGGGGUUCAUUCCUCAUGUGGAAGUCCCGGGGCAUGUUGAAGAAGCAUGGUCACGACUACGGGUGGUUUCAAACACCUGUCGGUGA